AUGAAAGCAAAAAUUAAGAAUCCACAAAACACUUUAAAGUGUUGUUUUGAGUGGUUUAAAACAUUUAAAAUAAUGGAGAAUGGUGAUGUUACUUGUAAUGAUGUAUUUGACGUAUUAAUUCCAAGUAAUUUACUUCUAUUUAUCCAGGAAUUAUCUCCAAUGUUUUUCGCUGAUUAUGUUCUAACUGAUGAGCAUAGUGCAGAAAUGGCUAAGGGAUUACAUUUCUUAAUGGACGGUAUUAAUGAUUAUAUGGAUGGGAGAUUUCGUGAUGAAAUUGAUACUUUAGAUUAUGACUUGAUUGCCUCAGCUAUUGAAAAAAAAGGAAAAGUACAGAAUGAGAUUUUAUGUGAAAUAUGUAGGGUAUGUGGAUUUGUUAUAGUAUUUGCAGUAGAAAGUGAGUAUAACGAAGAUGUUAUUAGUAAUAUGAUGAUUUUAAGCGAAGAUGCCCAAAUAGAGUUACAACAUAUGAUUCAAAUAACGGGAGAAUUUGCUGAAGGAGAGGAAGAAUCUGACGAAGUUGAAGAAGAUAGAUCUGGAGUUGGAGGUGGACAAGUAGGAAUUAGUUUGGCUCAUGCUGAUGAAUUAGAACGUAGAAUAGAUGCUCUGGAAAAGCAACUUAAAUCUGAGCAGAAAGCUAGACAAACUGCUGAGGAUGCACUUAAAAAGGUUUCAGCAAAACCUAAAUCUGCUAUUGAAGAGACUGAAAAGCUUGAAAAUGAAGUUUGGAAUCUUCAAAAUGAAAAAACACAAUUAAUUAAAGAAAAAAAAGAAUUGGAGACAAAACUAAAAGGAGAUAUUAAGGAUCUCCAAUCUGAAAUUGAUCAAUAUAAGAGUGAAGCUGGUAAAGUUGAAGGGCUGGAACAACAAAUUAAGAAGCUCAAAGAAAAGGUAGAUAGUCUUUUGGAAUUAAAAAGACAAAAUGAAAAGCUAAUUAAGCAAUUAGAAGAAUUAGAGAAUGGAGGAGGUAGUGGGGGAGGUGGGGACGGUGGAGAUUCUGAAGGUAACAAAAAGUCAACACAAUUACUAAAGGAUCGAAUUUCAGAUUUAGAAGAGGAAAUUGAAAAAAAUGAAAAUGAAAAGGAUGAGUUAAAUGAACAAUUAAAUAAAGUAAAACAACAACAAGAAAAAUUCCAGAAAGAGCUUAAAAUAAAGCAAGACCAAGUUAAAGUCUUAGUUAAAUUAUUGGAUGAUAACGGAAUAUCUAUUGCAGGAAAAGUUGAUAUUAAUUUAGAAGAAGUUGAGUCAUUCCCUAAGCCUGGAACAGAAAGUUUUUAUAUUACUCAACUUUCAAUUUUAACUGAACAAUUAAAUAUGCAAAAACAGUUGCUUCUUAGUGAACAAAAACGUAUCCAAUUAUUGGAAUCACAAGGAAAUAAAGCAGCCCCUGGUGACUCUACAUCUCAUUCUGAAAAGUCUUCAGAUAGUGACUUUGCUACUAUUUCUACUUUGAAACAACAAAUAAUGAUUAGAGAACAAGAAGUCGAAUUACAUCUUUCGGCAAAAAAAGAUAUUGAAAAAAGAACUCAGAUGGAACUUAAACUUUUGUCAACAUGCUUGCAUGAUAUGGCACUAAAAUAUCAUCAAUGUAAAUCUAUUAUUAAGCAACUUGAUGAAGAACUUUCUUCUUUAAAACAGAAAUGUCAAAUAUCUAUUAAUAGCAUUGACCAAGAAUCUGGUAUAUAUAAUAAAGAUGGCAUUCAUAGUUUAAACGAAGUAUCAUAUUCAGAAAAUAUCAAUUAA